UGGCUGUGGAAACGCCGCUCCGCGCGCUCCGCUCUGCUCAGCUGUGGUUGGUCCGGAGAGCCGCGCGCUGCUGCUCUGCGUUUCGGUUUCGCGCUCCUAAACCGGCUGGGUCGCCUGGAGGUUGGAGGGAACCGGUCGCGGGGGAACUACUGCGCGUGUGGCCGCCCUCAGCUGUCGGGGAGGCGGUUUGAAAAGUUGCUGGUCUCCGCGCGCACCGGCUUCUCUCUCACAUGCGAGGAUGUGAUUCUCCUCGCGAGGGUUUAGAGCCGCGCCAUGGUGCUGACCCAGGGACUCCUCGUGGAAAUGAGACGCUGUGCUUCUAUGGGUACAUGAAUCUGAGUUCCACUGGCCAGAUGCCUGUGAUGGAGGAAGUCGAUACCAAUGAGAGCAACGGCAUGGCGAAGAGGGUUGCUCUCAUCAGCUUCCUGUCGCUGGUCAUGCUCAUGAGCGUCCUGGGAAACCUGCUGGUCAUGGUGGCCGUCUGCAAGGACCGGCAGCUCAGGAAAAUUAAGACCAAUUACUUCAUAGUGUCGCUGGCCUUCGCUGACCUACUGGUGUCAGUUCUGGUUAUGCCGUUUGGAGCCAUUGAGCUGAUCCAUCACAACUGGAUCUAUGGCGAGACCUUCUGCCUGGUCCGCACCUCGCUGGACGUGCUGCUGACCACUGCCUCCAUCCUGCACCUGUGCUGCAUAUCUCUGGACAGGUACUAUGCCAUCUGUUGUCAGCCUCUGGUCUACCAGAAUAAGAUGACACCAAUGAGAGUGGCUCUUAUGAUAGGAGGCUGCUGGAUUAUCCCAACUGUUAUAUCCUUCUUACCAAUAAUGCAAGGUUGGAACAGUAUUGGAAUAAAUCAUUUGAUAGAGGCGCGGAAAUUCAGCGGCAACUCCACGGUGUGUGUGUUCAUGGUGAACAAACCCUACGCGCUCACCUGCUCCGUGGUGGCCUUCUACAUCCCGCUGGGCCUGAUGGUCCUGGCCUACCAGCGCAUUUACGUGACGGCGCGAGAACACGCCCGGCAGAUCAGCAUGCUGCAGCGAGCGGGCGGAGCCGGAAACGCCACCUCGGACAGCGCGGACCACCAGCGCAACCACCGCAUGCGCACUGAAACCAAGGCAGCCAAGACUCUGUGCAUCAUCAUGGGCUGCUUCUGCCUGUGCUGGGCUCCUUUCUUUAUCACCAAUGUGGUGGACCCCUUCAUAGACUACACAGUGCCAGAGCAGCUGUGGGCCGCCUGCUUGUGGCUGGGCUACAUCAACUCCAUGCUCAACCCCAUCCUCUAUGCCUUCCUCAACAAGUCCUUCCGCCGUGCCUUCCUCAUCAUUCUCUGCUGCGGACACAAGCGUUACCGACGACCCUCCAUCCUGGCACCCGGAGCCCCCUGCACAGCCACACAGAUCAACGGCUCAACGCAUGUACUCAAUGGCUGCUCCUCUGCCUCCAAACUGCUGCUCUGGUUCUGCAACACUAGACCUGUUCCUGUCUAGUGCUGUGUGUGGAGCUCGCAAGUACUCGGUUCUUCACAACGGAAACCAUACCGAACAGGAGAAACUGUCAGUGCAGAAUGACACAGAGUCACAGGAAUCCUGCUUCUGACACCGGCUUCCACUUCAUCAGGACCAAUACUGGAAGGUGCCACCCCACCGCAUCCCGCAAGACCUGCAACAUGUACUAAAGCAGGGCAGUGUAGGAACAAAUAUAAGUGCGAGGUGGACUGAGACAUUUGAUCCAAACUCUGAAAGUGAACAAUGUUGCCAAAGGUAUUUGAUUUUUAUUUUUGGAUGUAAUUAUUUCUCAUGUAAAAGAGUGGUGGUACAGCAAAACGGUAUGUUUUUGAUUCCCUCUUUCUCCUCUGCUUUUUUUAUUUUGUGAUUAUUUGGCUAGUACCAAAACAUCAUGUAUCAAGCGUUUAUUUGUGAGGAAGGAGGUUUAGUUGAAUUUGCAGACAGGAUGACAGUUCUGCUCCAGAGAAGAUACACGGCUAAACAGGCACUGUGCUAAAUUGGAUUUUAUGGGUUUUGUAUGGAGACACAGAAAAAUGUUCUUUAUUUUUCUUUCUUUCUUUAACAAAAGAACAUAAUAUUUAGCAGCAGCAUCAAACAGAACUUUCCACUCUAGUACGCAGAUGUGACAUCUGUGGUCAUAGGUGCCUUUUGAUAGAGUCCAUUCCAUGAGAAAGGAGGAGACUAAAUAAUGGAAAAGGAGUAGAGGCUUCUGAAACAUUUAUUUUGUUAUUGUAAGGUCAAAACAAGCUCUCACAGUUUGCCAUCACUAAUUCUAUGUUUUUUAAGUUAUUUGCAUUGCUACAUUCCAUGACUUCACUUCUUCAAAAUACGAGCGUGAACUAAUGACCACAAUUGUCACAGAUGCAACAGUCAGCUGCUAUAGGCUGAAUGUUUCAGCUUGUUUCUGUCUGAGAGCUUUUUUACUGUGUCAAUCUGCUGGGGAAGCUGAUUACAUUCAGAAUAUUGACCACGCUCACUCGGUCACGCAUGGCUCUGCAUUGCAUACCUCACCAGAGAGCUAUUUUAACAAUGAGUUCCAUCUAAAGCAUCUCGCUGGGUUUAAUCCACUGCAGUAAACACUCCUGUAAGCUCUUGAGUGCCAUAGAUUAAUUUGCUUCUGCUCCUGCAGGAUGCCUGUUCUAAGUAACAGCUGCAGGGAGUCUGACCAGUGCCACCAGAGUGUGCUUCCCAGCGUAUCCAGCGUUUAUGAUGCCACAAAACAAACCCAUAUACAGCUGCUCCAAACCUUGAGAAGGUCUUGAUAAAAUUCAUAGAGCUCCAAUCACAGUGUUCGUAUUAUUUACCUAUUUUUUUUAGCUCAAGCAGAAGGGCAGAACGGAAACUGUCACAAAGCAACACUUUCUAACUGCUGUUCUCUAGCAGUUAAUGAUGGUACUGAAAGCCUCAUUAUCUCAUUCGUUCCUCUAGCACACCAGCUUGGCCAAACCCUGAUUUCUGAUUCCUGACCUUCCUAAACACAGCAGCCUACGUACCAGAGGCGUUCUCAGCCUUCAACUGUGCCUCUCCGUCAAGCAACACAUAGUGUUCCCUUUUCAAAUGGAUCGUUUUGAGUUUAUUUAAAGAAUGUAAGAAUGUAAAUAUCAAAAGAUACGAAACUAAAACCUUUUCAGCGUCAGCUAAUUUCAGCAGAGGAAAUAUUUUCAAUUUAUUGAAAUAUGACAGGGAACUAUUGACACAGUGUUGUCAGAGCAUUAUAUACGGUAGAAUAUCAAACCAAUAGGAAUUAGCAUUAUCCUCAUGCUUUUUUGUUUAUUUCUAAAUGAUGACCUCUUCUGCAAUUAAAGCACUUACAGCACUUUUAUAAUAUAUUGAUUAUAGUUUUCAUAGAUCAAACAGUAUUCUGUUUGCCAAUAUUUUAUCAAAGACCAAACUUGCGAUAGAAGAAUUUGAAAAGUGAUGAAUGAAGAAAACUCUUGACUCGUGAUUGGUUUCCUUAAUGUGAUUAUAACUGUGUGAAAAAUGUGUUGAAGUGUUACACGUGGUGGUGUGUUGGCUUGACAGAGCAAACAAAAAAAUAUAAAAAAAAACAAAAGUAAAAGAAAAGAACAAAGAGAGCAGAACGUUUCACGAGUUUCACAGCUAAACACCUAUUGUGCGCCGCUCUGACUUCUCCAUAAUGGUUUUGCUCCUUCUCGUCUUCACAUCUGACACCAACAAAGCUAGAACACUGAAAAAACACUCAUGGGUGGAGAAGAAAAUGUCUAAUUUGGGAUUGUAAAAAUGUUUUACCAGCUGAUCUUUCUAUGCUAAAGGUCAGAGCUAAGCAUCUAUGUCUGUUCUGAAUUUAUUGUAAAUAGGAGUAUUUUUUUACGCGAGGAAUCUGAUGAUGGUCCGUGCGAUCCUUUAUAUAUGCUUCGGUCAGAGGCAAUGCAUUAUUCUUCCAGCUUAGUAUAACAGUAAAAGUCAACAAUGGAUUGCACAGUGUCAUACAGAGCAAUGUCCUGCAGAGCUGUUCGAUGGGCUUUUCAUUUUACAACGUUCACAACAACACGUACAUUGGCCGUGCCUUCACAACCAACUUGAACUUGUGCAGGUUUUCAAUUUAUAAACACUCUAGAAGAUGCUGCCUCAGCUGAAGUCAACAAAAUUCCAGCCCGUAACUUGAUUUGGGUAAAAAAUUAAGAACACACAUCAAAGGGAGGUCAUAGCAAUUUGCACUUGGCUCGUAAACUAAGCAAGCAUUAUAAACAAGCAUUGCUUAGUUUAGUUGACGCAUCACAUCAUGCCAAAACCCUUGGAAAUGUAAAAUAAUAUCAAAAGCACUUAAAACGAUGAAAUGACCUCGAUUCAGGGCACGCAAGAUCUGUUUACCUGGGGCAACGGCAACCUCGAAAUUACCCAGGCGUGCUUGCCAACUGGGUAUUAUGGCAUAUUUUAGAGGAAUGAUAAUUAUGAGCAGCCAGCCUGGAGAGUUAUUUUUGAUACUCCCAGUCCACACUGACACUUCCAGCUUUCAAUUAUGUAGCACCCUUUGACCACAAGUCACUGAGCACUCAGCAGUUUCGGUAGCGGAAGCAAUCAAGAAUGAAAUCGCUCGCAUAAUUUCACUAGUGUCAGUCUGGAGGCUGUUUAAGCAGUGAUGGAGUUUUGGGAGGAGGACGUGUCUGACUCUCAGUGUUCUGGGCACGAGCAGGAGGUUUGUGGGGUUCGUUAUUGUGGUUAUUGGAUAUCUCAGGGCCCAGAUUUCAAAGCAAGGAUGAAUUCUGCUCUCAGCCUACAAUGAUGAGUGCUGGAGUUCAUGAGGCAUAUUGACCCUCGGUGGAACCCUGGUGUUUACUUAAACCUAGCCCUUAAGAAGGCAGUUGUUUUUAUCUUUUCUUUGUAUUAACAUUUAUUAACAUUUAUUAACGUUUUAAUGUAAAAUUUUCCCCAUUGUGUUGGUGUCAAGCAGUGAUGAUACAACUGUAAGCGCAACAGAAUUGUCUUUAAAUCAAAUGAUACAACUUCAAAUCAGAAAAGGUUGGGACAGCAUGGAAAAUGCUAAUAAAAUGAACGCAGAUGGUAUGAACCCAAGAUAUAUUUUGGUCAACAGAAUUUAUAUUUUACAUUUAUUACUAUAUCAAAUAAUUCCUGCAUUUAAAAAGAAAAAAUGACAUCUCAAGAUAACAGUUUUUCAAGAAAAAAGUUUGAGACAAUUAAUAAAAUGCUUAAAACAAUGUUGAUUGGAAUAAAUUUGCAUGUAUUUUCCUCUACAUUGCAUGAUAUCAUUAAACAAAUCAAGCAUAUAGGAGGAGUUUUAGUCUGAGAAAGGUACAUGUAUUCAACAAUAUCUUAUGAACCCAUGUGGGCCAGUGGUUAUUUUGGCAAAACUUUUGGCAGGCGCUACAAUACAUUCACAGAGUUACAUUCACAAAUACCACUUAAAAAUUGUUUAUGUCCAGAACUAUAGGCUCAGAGUUACCUGGAUAAAAACGUGUGUUGUGGUCAGACAAAUCAGUGUCCUAGUAUAUAUAUUUUUUGAAGAGAUGGAUGCCGAGUGCUCCAGACCAAAGAUGAAAAGGACAAUCCAGAGGCAGCAUUAAUGCAUAAAAAGUACUACGAGAUCUUAAAGCAACAUAUGCUGCCCUCAAGGUGUUAGCAGUUGGAGGAAUUAACCCCAUGAAAUACUGCAUUGUUUGCUAACGUCUAUACCAAAAAAGUGAAUAGGAAUUGCAACAAUUAAACAGUUUACAAAAGUUUAUUCUCCCUCAAAACAAUUCUUCUCGGAAAUGCAGAAAUGGAUAUUAACAAAUAAAAUGGAUUUGUGCAGACAAAACAUUAAAUAUCAUGGGUUUGUACUGUCUGGAAUAAAACAGGAGUCAAUAUAAAUCAAAUAAAUAUGUGAAACACACCUUUGUUACAUUUUCCAUUUUGUCUCAUUUUUCUUCUCUUAAAUUUGGGGUCAUAAUAAAAUCCCUCCUGAUCUACUAAUCAACGCCAAAUGGAGCAUUUUGAAUCUGCACUUUCAACAGAAUGUCACUGCCUGGUCCAUUGAGCUGGUUAAAAAUAAUUCAUCUUGAAUUAGACUAUGCUUUUAUUGCCAGCUAGUCAGCAAUGAGAGUUUGAUGAGUUGUUUACAUGAUUGUGCUUCAUAGUUCUCUGAUUCCUCUUAUCUGACUGGUAAUGAUGUACUGCGUCAAAAAGAGAGUUUAAAAGCUGAGGCAUGAGUAUUGUUCGGAUAGGCCUCCAAUAUACCUCCCCCAAUUGCCCCCAAAGGUUCCCUCCCACUCACAGACACACACACACACACGUACACAAAAACACACAGACACUAACACAAAAAAUAACAGACAAACACCACUGUGUAACACCUCAAAGCCCUGAAGGCAGAAGUUCUCAGCAUGAAUGUGUUGUAAAUCUCCCCUCAAGUUGUAGAAGAACUUUUGUAAACUCAGUAUUUAUUUUGGUGGAUUUAAAGAUUGAUAUUUUCAUGUAAGGCUUCUCUUGCAGGGAGCUGUGUGUAUUACUUUUUCUGUUGCUAUGUGACAGCUCUAAUAAAUGAUAAUUAAAGAUAAUGGGAUAUAAUGA